AUGGUAAGUCUGCUUGGUUUUAGUGUCAAUGCCGCCAUUUGGAGAUUGGGGGCAAAACGUCUGGGUUACAGAUGCCUGUUGAGUUUUAAAGGACGUAGUCCGGAGCUUGACGAUUUAUCAGAGAUUGAAAUUGCAGUUUGUGAUGAAUAUUUUAGGCGGUUCGACACAGAUCACGAUGGCCUACUAGAUGUAAAAGUGCUCCCCGAUCUCAUACGAUCCCUUGGACAGAAUCCGUCUGAAGAAGAAAUAAGGAUAGUUGUAGAAGAAGCGACAUUUGAACGCGAAGGAGUUGUUGAUUUUGGCGAAUUUCUCUACCUCUGGGCCGAGUAUAGAAAGAGUAAGGAGGAACAGCAGGAAGAAUUGCUUGAUGCAUUUAGGAUGUUUGACAAGGAAAAGAAAGGCUUCGUACCCACGAAUACGAUGAAGAAUAUUCUGACUUCCAUCGGUGAACCUAUGGAAGCGGAAGAAGUCGAAGAGAUAUUUGAGGAGGUUGGAAAUACUGUAGAGGGCAAAAUCUCUUAUAGAGAUAUUAUUGAGCGGGUGACGGACCGCACUGUUGGGAUGGAAACAUGGACGAUAUAGAACACAUCCAUUAGAUGAGGAGGGGUUGGGGUCAAUCGUUCCAGUUAAUAAGAGUUCGAUGUCAUCGGAUUGAUUGAAUGAUGUGAGGUGGGACAUCUGCUGAAAGAAAGAAUGUUGAUAGAUGCAGCUUGUUCUAAAUGACCCGGAUAAAGUGACCGUUAUUCAGAUUGGUUGCCUGGCUACGUCAAUCAAUAUGGCGGCUAGGAAAUUAUCUUUGGAAAUGUCAAACCUUAUACCGUACAGUUAGAAAGUCCGUAACUUCAAUCGACAUGCUCGAAGUUUAGAUUCAGUUAGAAUGAAUGUUAUUACUAAAUUCAACUGCAUUGUACAAAGUAUCGGUGUAAUAGUCAUAGAUGACAAUCAUAUUUGUUAUUCUGUUGGAGAAACUGCAACUUUACUGAUAUGAUUUACACUUUUUUCAACCGCUGCUCGAUGAUGGAGCUGUUAUGCGCUAUAGUUCAGUUAUGAAUAUGCACAGAGCUCCACAUGACGGGUCUUGUCGGGACUCGCCAGCUAAAACCCACCACAUUUUUUGAGAAGCAAUUAUUUGCUUAAAUAAGCGCCAACCGAACUUGACCUUACAUUCCUUUGGCUAUGGGUGUCACGCUUGAAGUGCACUUUAAAAUGCCAGACUAUGACAAUUAGCUACACCCCUUAGAAUUGUCCCGAACUAGAUAUUGUUGUGGCACUUGGCCUUUUUCUGACCUUGUAUCGACCUGUCAACCUUGUCUGUCAUGUCUGUUAUGAUAUUAAAAUUGUUCAACGUAUGCAGCUUUCUCCCGGCAGUCAGCCUUGUCGGAUCAGCCAAUCAAACUGAUCGAAUCUGGUUUCCUCAAGGGUGAUAUCAUCGUUAAGUGUUACUCCAUGGAGCGUAUAUGUAAUCUUACACAUGAAAGUUGUUGUAAUAGCGAUCAUGGCUAAUAUACUUGGAUAAUUAGUACAUAUUCAUGUACAUAGAAUACUUCGCUGAUACUAUGUGUAGUUUAAAACGCGCCAUUGCGCUAAUGCGUUUG